CGACAUAAAGAAGAAGAAGUGGAAGGUCAUAACCGCGAAAACGGUUAAACAAACCCGUUAAAAUGCGCGAAAAUUCAUGGGGCCGCUCUGCAACGCACUCGCCAAACAUUCGUCGGUCAUCGGGAGGCUGUUUAGUAAAAAACCGGACCGCGUCGCCAUGAAAUAUCUCAACGUCGCGGAAAAGAACGACGCCGCGAAGAACAUUGCCGCUAUACUAUCGAGAGGGAACUCGAACCGGCGGGAAGGCCUGUCACCUUACAACAAGAUCUACGAGUUCCGCGCGGAUGUUUUCGGCGAAAACUGCGAGAUGGUGAUGACGUCAGUCUCGGGGCACCUCCUGAACUACGAGUUUCCCGCGUCGCACCGCAACUGGCAGAGUUGUAAUCCGCUCGUUUUGUUCGAUGCUCCGGUGGUAAAGACUUGCACCGGCAACUACGAAAAUAUUAAGAAAACGCUCGAACGGGAAAUCAGAUCGUGCGGCGGCCUGAUCGUGUGGACCGAUUGCGACAGAGAGGGGGAAAACAUCGGCUUCGAAAUUAUCAAAGUGUGCACCGACGUGAGGCCCGGUUUGCGGAUAUACAGGGCGAAGUUUUCCGAGAUUACGGGGGCGUCGGUGUUUCGCGCGCUCGCCACUCUCGGACGGCCCGACAAGAACGUCAGCGACGCGGUCGACGUGCGCCAGGAGCUCGACUUGAGGACGGGUGCGGCGUUCACGCGGCUGCAGACGCUGCGGCUGCAGCAGGCGUUCCCGCAAAAACUCGCCGAAAAGUUGAUCAGUUACGGGUCGUGUCAGUUCCCGACGCUGGGAUUCGUCGUCGAACGGUACCAGGCCAUCGAGAGUUUCGUGCCGGAACAGUUUUGGAAAAUAAAAAUGAAUCACACACGAAACGAUCUAACGACCGAGUUUACGUGGAAACGCGAGAGGCUCUUCGACGAACGGUCCUGCCGAGCGAUUCUCGAUCAUUGCUUGGAAAAUCCCCGAGCGGUCGUGGAAAGCGUGGACGGUAGGCCCAAGAGUAAAUGGCGUCCUUUACCGUUGGACACGGUGGAAAUGGAAAAAAACGUAUCGAAAAAGCUGCGGAUAAACGCCAAAGAGACGAUGAGAAUCGCCGAAAAGCUCUACACCCAGGGUUUCAUCAGUUACCCCCGCACGGAGACGAAUAUAUUCCCGAAGGAGCUGAACCUCGACAAUUUGGUCGAGCAGCAACGCGCCGACCCACAAUGGGGCCCGUUCGCGCAGAGGGUGAUCGCCGAGGGCGGAGCCCGACCCCGCCAGGGCAAAAAGUCCGACCAGGCCCAUCCUCCGAUACACCCGACCAAGUACGCCGGAGGUCUCGCGGGCAACGAGAAAAAGGUCUACGAGUACAUAGUGAGGCAUUUUUUGGCGUGCGUGCACAAGGACGCCCAAGGUUUCGAGACUACCGUCGACGUCGAGCUCGCCGGCGAGAAGUUCACCGCCAAAGGUCUGAUCGUAUUGGAACGGAACUACCUGGACGUGUACGUUUAUGAAAAGUGGAACGCGAAAGAGAUAAACGAGUACCGGAACGGGCAAACAUUCGAGCCGAGCGUACUCGAAAUGGCCGGCGGUUCGACCACGCCCCCUAAACUGCUGACCGAGGCGGAUCUGAUCGCGCUGAUGGAGAAGCACGGCAUCGGUACCGACGCCACCCACGCUGACCAUAUCGACACGAUCAAGUCGAGGGAGUACGUCGGACUGCGCGACAUCUACUUCGUUCCCGGCAACUUGGGCAUGGGCUUGGUGGAAGGGUACAACAAAAUCGGGCUCGAGGUGUCGCUGGCCAAACCGACGCUCCGCGCCGAGUUCGAGAACGACCUGAAGCUUAUAUGCGAAGGCGCGAAGGGGGCGGAGACGGUGCGGCGCGAGCAGAUCGCCAAAUACAGGGCGGUGUUUCGGACGGUGGCGGAAAAGAUGCGCCUGAUCGAUGAUUCCCUGUCCGAGAGGCUGGACGAUAGACCGGUGCCGGUCAGGGCAGGCCCGGUCGACGAGCCGACCACGCUCCCGGUCGUUUUCCCCUGCCCCAAGUGCGGUAACGACAUGUGCCUGAGGAACAAGAAGAACGCCCCCGGCCAUUUCUUGGGCUGUGCCGCCUAUCCCGGGUGCAAGAACGCGCUAUGGCUACCGAGUAUCGUAGGCAAGGCAGAGCUAUCGGGCGAAAGCUGUCCGGAGUGCGGACCGGACUACAAAACGCUGAAGGUGACGUUCGUGGACAAUCCUUUCCCGGGAUACCCGAACUCUGGGGUGGUAUGCGUCGGCGGUUGCGACCCGGACGUGAUCGAAGCCCUCGGCAUCGACCUGAGCGCCGUGAGGAGGGCAGCGGAGACCCGGGGCUUGGCGCCACGCCCCUUACCUCGCCACAACGCCCCAGAGGGCGCCGACGACGUAAGGAUCCCGGCGCCACGCCCCUUACCUCGCCGCAACGCCCCAGAGAGCGCCGACGACGUGAUGUGCGCGUGCAACGAAAAGGCGAUCGAGUUAACUGUUAGAAAGGAUGGGCCUAAUAAAGGCAAAAAGUUCCACAAGUGCGCGUCGCAGACCUGUAACUUUUUCCUGUGGUCCGCGGAGGGCGGGACGAUGGGUUCGGCGACAUCACCCGCCGCUAGGCCUGCGCCGCCAUCUGGCGACGAGCCGAGGUGCAACUGCGGGUUGGCGGCGGUCGCGAGGACCGUGCAGAAAGAGGGCCCCAAUAGAGGCCGCAGGUUCUACUGCUGCUCCAAGCCGGUCAACGAGCAGUGCCAAUUCUUCCAAUGGGCGGACGAGCCACGACCGGCUGGCGGCGGCGGCGGCGACGACGGGUGGGGAGGAGGUGGCGAGCCAGGAGCGAACUGGAGUUUCAGGGGAAAGGCGCGCCGGGGGAGGGGAUCCUCGAAUGCGACCGGGCGAUCGCAGCCCUACAACGCCGGUUCGACAGCGGUCAGGCGGCCCCGCAAGUGCGGCAAGUGCGGGCAAGAGGGUCACACGAAAAACAAAUGCCCCCGGUAGCAGAGAAGGCGCGUUUUUUCCAAUCUCCAUUGUAAUUAUUUCCUUUUUCUUGUAAAACAAAAGAUACCGCCAGCGUUUUUUUUUAUUCCCGAUACUAAAAAAAACCA